CGAGUAGCAUAGAACCGAACAGAAUUGAAGAGAGCAUUGAAAAGGUGGGAGCAGAGUGCGGGCUACUCAAGUAGAAGAGAUGAGAUGAGAUGAGGGUGCACAUGAAAGUGAGUUUUUUUUAGCCACUUCCACUUCAAUGAAAUGCCCUUUGUCCUAUACAUGCAUAUCACUAAGGACAAAGAUUGGGUAUGCUUCAAAUAGCAAAAGUUGAAGACUCAAAGCAACCAUUUUUAUUUUUCCAACUUGUUCAUUCUGUAUGCCAAUUCUGAGCAAGUUCACCACAAGCACCCAACUCAUGCCACCACCACCACUCUCAAUUGGGACUCCACUAAUCACACAAACACAUAGAGAUAAGGAGGAGGAGGAGGAAGAACAAAGAGAAAGCAAAUUUGUUGUGUGUGUGUGUUUGUUUCCCAGUCCCACCACCAAGUUCCCCUUUAAUUUUCUCUCUGGGAUUGUGAAGUACUUGUGACCCUCUAUCUUCUCAAGUGGGUCAUGCUUUGUGGCCCCUACCUUCUCCCACUUGCUCCUAGUCUCUGCUGUCUUAGCCUCUGCCCUUUAAUGUUGUCUUCACAACUCUCUUGUCUCUUCCAUUUUUGUGCUCUUAUUCCUUCCACAAACAGAAACAAAGAUCCAUUCUUUCUCCAUAUGGGGGCUAAGUGAUUUUGGUUUCCCUGCUUCCUAAAGGUGGUGAAUGGUAUCAAACAUCUGUUUGUGUUUCUUUUGGAAUAUUUCAGUCUUGUCUGCUGAAUAGGAGACUGCUCCAGUUCAAUUCAACCAUCUGGAUCGCCUCACUUGGAAGCUUGCAGGGCCUGUUGCUUGGGGACUGUUGUUUGGAUUUGAUUGUCUUGGUUCGGUUGCUGUUUCACAAAAAAGGGGUUCUUUGGAUAGUUUUGUAGAUACCAAAGACCAUACUUCGAGCCAGAGAGAUUCAUGCUUGGUCAAGGAACAAAAUGGAGAGGUUUCCACUUCUUUAGCAUUCAGUACUAUAGGGAAUAGAUAUGAAGAACAUUCUUAAGAAGCUUCAUAUCAUGUCUAACCAAUCAGAUGAUGCACAGGGGGCUACUUCAUCAAAGAGCACCAAGUCCAGUGACGGUUCAUCUUCGUCCACUGCCCCUAAGAAGCUUUCCAAUUGGUUGCAUUCAGUUUCUAAUAGGCAGAGUCCCAGUCCUCCAUCUCCCAAUCUGGCCAGAGGAGAAAGAAUGGAGCCAUCUGAUUCAGUGAGCAGUGGUGGUUUAGAUGUUGUGUCUGAUUCAGCAAGGCGUGAUUCGGAGUCUAGCGCGUCUAGGGAUCCUGAAGUGGAAGAGGAAUAUCAGAUACAACUGGCUUUGGAGCUGAGUGCAAAAGAGGACCCUGAGGCUGUACAGAUUGAAGCUGUUAAGCAGAUCAGUUUGGGAUCUUGUGACCCUGAUAAUACACCAGCAGAAGUUGUGGCCUACCGGUACUGGAAUUACAAUGCUCUUGGUUAUGAUGACAAGAUCUCAGACGGUUUCUAUGAUCUGUAUGGGAUAUUGACUGAGUCAACCUCUGCAAGAAUGCCUUCUCUAGUAGAUCUGCAAGGAAAAUCAACCUCAGUUGAUGUCACAUGGGAAGCAGUCUUGGUCAAUAGGGCUGCUGAUUCCAACUUGUUGAAACUUGAACAAGAAGCCAUGAAGAUGGCUGCCAGUUCAGGAAAAGAUUUUGAAGUAGUUGUAAAUAGCAAUUUGGUACACAAGCUUGCAAUAAUGGUGGCUGACUAUAUGGGUGGAUCAGUUAAAGAUCCUGAAAGCAUGUCUAGAGCCUGGAGGAGUCUUAGUUACAGUCUAAAAGCCACACUUGGCAGCAUGGUUUUGCCUCUUGGUUCACUGACCAUUGGAUUGGCUCGGCAUCGCGCAUUGUUAUUCAAGGUUUUAGCUGACAGUUUGGGCAUUCCGUGUCGAUUAGUGAAAGGACUGCAGUACAUGGGUUCUGAUGAUGUAGCUAUGAACUUUGUCAAAAUUGAUGAUGGAAGGGAGUACAUUGUGGACCUAAUGGCAGCUCCUGGAGCACUUAUUCCAUCUGAUGCUACUGCAUCACACAUUGAAUGCGAUGGAUCUUCCUUUGUGGCCAGUCCUUCAUCAAGAGAGCUAGAUUCGUCCAAUGUAGCAUCAUUCAGUAGCGGGGUUGGAAGUUCAUCUGAAGAAACUUCAGACUGUGGAGGGAAAGAAUCUGGUUUGAGUGGGCUUGCUACUGGCAAGGAAGAUUUAAAGAAACCAUCAAAUGAAUCCAAAAAUACCCCCUAUGCAGAGAAGACAAGAGUGAAGGAAUCUUCCAGCAGAGCUAAUUAUCCAUACAUGCAUGGAAGAUCUCCUUCUUGGACUGAGGGCAUCAGUUCCCCUGCAGCACGUAGAAUGAAAGUCAAAGAUGUUUCCCAAUACAUGAUUGAUGCUGCUAAGGAAAAUCCUAACUUGGCUCAAAAACUUCAUGACGUUUUACUUGAAAGCGGUGUUGUUGCACCUCCAAACUUAUUUUCUGAAAUGUAUCAUGGGCAGUUAGGUACUCCAACUGGGACCAAUUUUCCAACUGAACAAAAAGAUGAAAAUAAACAAGCAAGUUGCCAGCAAGAAAUUAAGACUGAUGACAGCCUAGUUCCUGCUCGAUUUUUGCCUCCUUUGCCUUACCACAAAAUUCUUCGCAAAGCAACUCUUGGCAGUGGUGAUGGCUUAGGAAUUGGUCUUUCCCUUGAUACAGGGGAAACUACUGGACAGAACAUACCAUCUCAGGCAGAAGCAGCUCGGGUAAAGUAUGGGAAAAAUGUCCCAGUGGCAGCGGCUGCAGCUGCUGCUGCGGCUGUUGUUGCAUCUUCUAUGGUAGUUGCGGUGACAAAAUCAAACACUGACUCAAAUCUUGAGAUUCCUGUAGCAGCAGCUGCUACUGCUACUGCUGCAGCUGUUGUAGCAACCACUGCUGCUGUCAGUAAGUAUGAGCAGGACAGUCGAAGCGAUGGGGAUACAGAGGGUGGUGGUUCUGAGUCAAAGGGUAGUGGUGAUGGAGAGCCUAAUGCUUUAGGAGAAAACUCAGAAGGUGAGAGAAAAUCUGACAGAUCAGUAAGUAAUGACAGCACAAAAUCUGAUUCUGCACUGGAUGAGGUUGCCGAGUAUGACAUUCCAUGGGAUGAAAUCAAAAUGGGAGAGCGUAUUGGACUAGGAUCAUAUGGGGAAGUUUACCGUGGUGAAUGGCAUGGAACUGAAGUUGCCGUAAAGAAGUUCUUAUAUCAAGAUAUCUCUGGUGAAUUACUUGAAGAGUUCAAAAGUGAGGUCCAAAUAAUGAAAAGACUGAGGCAUCCAAAUGUUGUUCUCUUCAUGGGAGCAGUAACUCGGCCUCCAAAUCUUUCAAUUGUUUCUGAAUUUCUUCCUAGAGGGAGUUUGUAUAGAUUAAUUCACCGACCAAACAAUCAAUUAGAUGAGCGAAGGCGGUUGCGGAUGGCCCUUGAUGCUGCCCGAGGAAUGAACUACCUGCACAGCAGUACUCCAGUGAUAGUGCAUCGUGAUUUGAAGUCCCCAAAUCUUCUUGUUGACAAAAACUGGGUUGUGAAGGUAUGUGAUUUUGGCUUAUCACGAAUGAAGCAUAGCACCUUCCUUUCUUCCAGAUCAACUGCGGGAACAGCUGAAUGGAUGGCUCCAGAAGUGUUGAGAAAUGAACUUUCAGAUGAAAAGUGCGACGUUUUCAGCUAUGGCGUCAUAUUGUGGGAGCUCUCUACUUUGCAGCAACCCUGGGGAGGAAUGAAUCCAAUGCAAGUUGUUGGUGCAGUGGGUUUCCAACAUCGCCGUCUAGACAUUCCAGAUGAUGUAGACCCUGCCAUUGCUGAUAUUAUCAGACAAUGCUGGCAGACAGAUCCAAAGUUGAGGCCCACAUUUGCUGAAAUCAUGGCUGCUCUGAAGCCAUUGCAGAGGCCAAUUACUGCUUCUCAAGUGCCUAGAUCAAGUGCUCAGUCAUCUAGAGUUGCUGAGUUUCCCGCAGGAUAGGAGAAAAUUAUACAACUAACAUUUUGUUUUUCAUUUUACUGCUAUAAAUGUGAGGGCAAAUUGUAGAGUAUUUACCGUUUGGGAUUGACAAAAGUGAUUGGUUCAGCUAACUUACAUUCUCAUUCAAGGUUUUCACUCCUCUAGUUCCUUCUUCUUCUUUGUUUUCCUCCAUUUCCUUGUCUUUUCUGUGUAAUCCACAGUGCAGUUAGUGUCAGGUUGUACCAUUUGUUUGUACAAAAUUCUUUGAAAAAUGUUGUAAUCAGUGUCUAAAUUUUGUUGUUCAUAAAUAGUUACGGAAAAUUGCAGCUGUAAUUUGGAUAGAAGAAAGGAUUAACAUAAUUGAAAGUUGCUUGCUUCUGUAA